AUGGCACAGGUGAGCUUCUUCAUCUCAGCCAAGGCAGAUUCCCUGUACCAUCAGCGAAUCAAGCCGGUGAAGCUUCGCUGGACUCAAGCCUGGCGUCGACAGAACAAGAAGGGCAAGGUGGAAGAGGGUGGAAAGAAGAAAGCCAGGAAGGCCCAGAAGUUUCAAAAGGCAAUUGUUGGCAUGUCCUUGGACGAUCUCAAGAAGAAGAAGGCAAUGAGGCCUGAGCUGCGCCAAGCACGAGAGCAGGCGGCAAAGGAAGCAAAGGCCAAGCAGCAGGCGGAAAAGAAGAAGGCGGCUUCAAGCAAGCCGGCUGUUCCCAAGGGCAAGGCAGACAAGGGUGCGAAGUUGCCAAAGGGCGGAGGUGCCCCGGCUGGCGGUUCCAAGAACUUCAAGGGCAAGAAGUAA